GCGGCCUCGGGGCGUUGGUUCCUCAGAGGGAGAAUCGGAGCCGGAUCGGCGGCUUCUACCCGCCGCUGCCGCCCGGGCCAUGGAUCCCCGGGGAUUAGUCGGGAUCUUUCUGCUUGUGGCCGGGGCUGUGGGCUUGGAGACUCCGGGAGAUUGUUCACAGCCGGGUUUGAAUUGUACCAUUCAAACUGGUGGCUGUUUGGAUAGCAGUUGGCUGACACCUUCCAAGUGGACACCUUCACCUCCCAAAGAACUGCUUGUAAAUAUAGCCAAGCAAGAGGAUACAACUGGAAUCUCAGUACCUGUACUGUCCAUCAGGUGGAGACUGGGAACUGAUGCCAGUAUAAAGUAUUCUCAAGGAGUAACGAUCUCUGUGACAAAACAGAACAAUGGGGAGGAGAAAUGUGUUCAAUACCGGUUCAAUAACAUGAUAAGCAGCCAAGUAAAUCCACAAGGAGAUAAGUGGACUUUCUCCCUGGAGAGAUUUGUGGCGGAACCAGAGCAGACCUACAAGGUGUCUGCAUGCAGUUUACCAAGAGCCAACAUCAAUCAAGAUAAUGAUUGCGAAGUAUUCAUUUUUAUUGUGCCUGGUUGUAAGGAUGAUCGAAUCAAAUAUACAGAGAUCUGCAAACGUAGAGGGAGUAUAUGGAACCCCAAUAUCACACACACCAUAAGUGAGAUGAAGACAACCAUCUUCUUCCAAGCUGGCAAGUACGCCAAUAAAUACCGUGUCUGUUUGAGUAGUCAUGGUUCAGAUGGGAAGCGCUGCAACCAACAGUGUAUCUUGAAGGAAACUGAACAAAAAGCCAAUGUAACCUUUUCAACUGAAAACUGGAUGCAAAGCUGCAUGGCUUAUAAUAUUGAGAUUCAGCCAUUUUUCAUUGAUUGCGACAAUGACUGCACAAGAUUUACAAAAAAAAUAUUGAUGAUUAUUGACGGAGAACCUUCACCAGAAUUGCCAACACUAUCAACUCCAGGAGGGCCAACUGAGAGAUCUUGGUUUUUUGCUGCCACUGGUGUUUUAGUUUUCGUUAUAAUAUUUGGUUGUACAGUAUGGGUACAACUAAAAUCCAAGAGAAAUGAAAUGAAGCCCUCACAUGACAAGUUAUGGAUUGAUGAACCAACAGUUGUACACCCAGAACUUCCACAGGUGAAAAAGAAAGUCCUGAUAAUAUAUUCAUUGGACCAUGACCUCUACAAGAAUGUGGUCCUGGCGUUUGCAGAGUUCCUAAUGACUGCCUGUGGUACCAAAGUAACUUUAGAUCUUUUAGAGAUUAACAAGAUUGCGGAAGUCGGACACAUCAAUUGGCUCACAUUGCACAAAAAUGAGUCAGACAAAGUUAUAAUUUUAUGCUCCCGUGGGACAGGAUUGAAAUGGGAAGCCAUGCUGCGGGUUGGACAGAAUCAGAUUUUGCUGAGAAGUGAUGAACGCUCACCAAUGCGUGACAUGUUCACUCCCGCCAUGAACCUGAUUUUGCCAGACUUUAAACGGCCAGCUUCGUUUGGGAAGUACAUUGUUGCAUAUUUUGAUGACAUCAGCAGUGAAGAAGACAUACCUGAUCCAUUUAAUGUUGGUGUGAAGUAUAAGCUGAUGAAGCAGUUUGAGGAAAUACACUUCCGAGUGCAAGACUUGGAGAAAUAUGAACCAGGAAAAACUUACCGUGUGGCAGGAAUAACAAUGGAUGAUUACCAUGAACAUCCAUCUGGUAAAACAUUGAAAGAUGCAGUUCAAAAGUUCAAGUUGUUGCAAAUGGAGCAGCCGGACUGGUUUGAGAAAGAAUGUAUCAUCUCUCCAGACGAAGCAGGGGUUGAACCAAACUGGAAUGAAGAACCUUGUGAUCUCCUAUCAAUUAGUCAAAAUGUUGUGCGUUACAAGCCCCUUGAUGAUAUGCCCUGCACAGUGAAUGAAGUGUACAUGGCCACAUCGAGCAAUGAGGCACUUAUCAAGCAUCCAGUGGGAUUUGAGCAUAGAGUCCAAGAUAUAAGUUUGUCUCAAAAUGUAAUUGAAGUAGACUGCAAUGAGGCACAAGUGCUAAAUCCAGUAUAUACCCUGGAACCAUUGUACAGCAUGUCAUUAUCUGGCUGUAGUCAGAAUGAGUUAAACUGUCCCAACUUUGAGCUCCCUAAGGCAGAAGAGGAACCACUCUUGGAAAAGGAUUGGAUAUUGAGGAAUGAUGUCAUAGAUUUUCCUCUGCAAAGUUGUGAAGGUGACAUUACAGUGAAUGAAAUUGGUGUGCAUUCAGGAGGUGACCAAGUCUCAUGUAUUUCUCAUGAUGUAAAGAAGAAACUGGAAGAGUUUCAGCAGAUGCUAUUUCUUCAGGGUUUAAUGUCUUCACAGGACUCAACCAGACUCUCUCAUUUGCAAAGUGAGGUUAUUGGAUAUCCACAAUCUCUCUCUCUUGAGAAAGAAGAGAAUGUAGCUUCAGACCAAGGCUAUAGCUCCAAGCAGUCAUUCUCAGUGGGUGAAGUCCCGUCAGGUGUGAGCAUUUCUUCUGAAGCACUAGAUGAAUUACAAAUUCUGCAGGUAGCUUUACUUAAUGAAAGCAUGAGUAACUGAAUAGAAGGUGAACGUAUGCUGCAAAAUUGCACAAUGUUGUGACUUAUAGACAAGCUACCUUAAUGACUCAGAACAGUAAAUAUUAGCAGAGUUGUGUGGAUGAGGCAAGUCCAAUGAACUUUUCCUGCCCUCCCUUUCUUAAGUUGUGUGUCACAUGUGAAAUCAACAUGUAAGCCAUCAGGUAAAUAAUUUAAAACAGAAGUGAUUUAAAUUGCUCAUCAUGUUUGCACACUACUUAUCACUCUCUAAGACAAAUGUAGAAAUGAAAUUGACUAAAUUGACUUGUUAAAAUCUGUGACCAAAACUGGAUUCAGAAUAAAAUCUGAGUACAAAUCUGAUUAUGUAAAAGGAUUCACUCUGAAUUUCAGCCCAAUUAAUCUCUGUGAAGGACAACAAAGGGCACUAAAGCAUUAUUAAUCAAGGUAAUUCCAAGCUUGUAAGUUUAAGGUAUUGUUAGCUUUUUUUUAAAACAUACAUCCAUGUAAUAUACAUCCAAAUCAAUCUCCAGAUGCCAAAGUUGUUUUUCCUGAUAAAGUUAGUGGUGCACGUGCAUCUCGUGGCACCCGGCUCACAUUCAUUUAAAGGUAGCGUACAGGCUUUGUGCAGUUGUGUCUGAGGUAAACGGGUUUUCUUCUUGAACCCUUUGGCACAAGGGAAGGGAGCAAGAGAAUGGCAACUUGGAGACCCAGGACUGGCAAGGGUAAGUCAGUUGUAGGGCGGAGUGAAUCAUGGAGGAGUUGAAGAAGAAUACAAGAGAGAUGAGAGGGUGGGGUCAGGGCAUGGAGGAGAGAAGUCAGAAGAACCUGCCUCGUGGGGGUGAUGGGAGCAAUUCAUCAAGGUAAGAAAAUGAGGGACCCAAAGGGCAGUGUCAGCACUAUCCACUUGUGAUUCAUCUCUGGCAGAGUCCUUAUAGGGCUUUGAGUUCACCUACAACAUUUCAAUUAUCCCUGCUGAGGGUGAUUUUGGACAAUUCCCUUUACAGUGCAAAGUCUGGUUGAGCCUGCAAGUUCAGCACGUCCCAUGGAGUGACGACUACAACACUGGACAUUAACAUGAACAUUCAAUAAAGGGUGAAUGCAAAAAUACAACAUUGUUUCUUCCACAAUAAAGAAAUGUCGCUGACUCCUCUGUAAUCACCAAUGCAUGCCAACCAUGAGGCACACCAGUUCAUUUAUCUCUCUGAUUAAGCUAGUCUCAACCAAUAAUGAUGAUGCUCAUAUGAAUAAAGUGAAACCAAUGUAAUGUGGAUUAUUUACAAGUGAAAUUUAAAUUUAAAAAACACAUGCCAUCUUUAUGCUCUCAAUAAGUCUUAUGUUAAUGGCAAUGGAGUUGGGCAAUAAAGCCGUGGCUGUGAUGAACAGCCUCCCUGUUUAUCCAGGAGGCUGUUUUAUAGCCUGCCCGUACCUGUACAUUGUCUGUUGACGGUGGAUUUCACCACUGAAAAGCUUCUCCCACAGCGUGAUCGCACUUGUCUCCCAAGCACACAGCUGGCACUUCAAAUUUUCAUUGGAAUCUCUUGGAAGCCAGCAAAAAGCAAGAUUGUGGAAGUGGCGCCUACUUCCUGUUGCACCAUCAGGAAUGGCACACCACAGUUAAAAUUCUGCCCUGUUUUUGUUGGAGGGAUGAGGAAGAGUGGUGAUGGGAAUUACUUGAUCUGAACAGAGCUGUUGAGGGGAUUUCAGUAAAUGUAUGAUAAUACAAUAUUAGUCAUGCUGUGGACUGUUCCUGUUUAUAAUGUACAAUGAAAACUCAUUAUUAGCAUUAGACAUGCUCACUAAUUUGUAUCAUGUCAAUAAAUUUCUUAAUUUGA